CAACGUCCGUCGCGGGUGGAGUAUUCGAGAUGCAGAUUGAGCCUUCCACUAAAUGCAUUAUAAUAAUAGUGUGCGCAGCAGUUGCAACGCUGACCGUCAUGGCCGUCCUCUGCUGGUGGCAUUGUCGGCGCUCCGAGCGUCGUCGAGGGACGCCGUGGGCGGCGCUGAGGUCACGCUUCGUGGUCGCUGCUGUGGGCGGUGGCGAUGAGCUGAGGUUGAGCGACAUCCUGGCCGAUCUGAGGGCGAGCACCAGCCAGGCCUUCCAGAGGCCUGGCGGCGAGCGCCCGAGGCCGCCCUGGCCGCGCCAAGGGCCGGAUCCCAUGCUCGAAUACUUCCGGCAGCGCACGAUCGCCCGCCCGACCCGCGUUCCGCCGCCGCCGCCGCCGCAAGAGACUCCCCCGCGCAGGAGAGUGAAGAGGCGCCGCCGCCGCCGCAAGUCCCACCGCAAGAGCGCCCACCUCGUCGCCAGGAGGAAGUCGCUGGUGGGCGUGUGCGCAGAGGCGCCCACCGCGAGCGGCGGCGGCGAAGGCACCGCAGCCGAAAAGGAAUGUCGGGCCGAAGCCACCGCCAGGGGCGCCGACAGAGGGGAGAACGACUACGCCCGCGGGCGGGGGUCGCGACGCCCCGAGACCAAAGUUUUUCGGAAAGGAAGCGGCCGGAGAAGUUCCCUCAAGAGAGCCAGUUUGGUCCUUGCGGCGGUGGGGAGGACGCCCAAGCCCCCGAAGCAGAAGCAUUCCGCAGAGGGACUCCAUCGCCCCGAGGACUACGAGGAGGCGCUGCCAGUUGGCUCGCCGACCUCCUCCUCCUCCGCCAGUCAGCGGGAGAUCCUGACUCCUCCUUCGCCUCCGCUCAGCCCAGCUGCCGCAGGACACCCCCCCUGCCUCCCCCCCGGUCCUUCAGCCUCCGCGCCGCCCCCGACGCCCGCCAUCAGCCCGAGGGAGAUGGUCAGCCUCCUGGAGCAGCAGGCGGCCGCGUCCUUCCCCGUGCCGUGGGUCGUGGUCAGCGCCGUGGCCCCGAGCGAGCUCGGCGUGUGGCCGCCCCGCCCGCGCCACAGGGGCAGGCUGCACCCGGGACUGUGCCUCCCUCGGGGGUCAGAGCCGCUCACGGCGGGGGAGGCCCUCGCGGCCCCGCCCGUCGUCCGUCGCAGGUCAAGGAGCAAGGGCAAGGAAGGUCAAGGCAGGCCGUUCACCCCACCCACGCCCGAUCUCAACGGCCGUGGCUUCAACGUGUGAACAGGCGGGAGGCGCUGCUUAGUGCGAUGGAUAGUGGCUUGCGCGACAGACAGACAUCGACUCAAAGAACAAAACAACAGUGAUGAAUAGCACCCUUCUUUUGUUUUAAGAAAAAAAAAAAAAAAAAAGCAUUCACGUACACAUUUAUUAAACUAAAAAGUAUGUGAGUGUUCGUGUGAGCUGACACGUGACCUUAUGCAGUUUUAAAUGUACUGAAUGAUAUCCAGACAAUAGAAUAUAAUAAGCUGAGCAGUGAUUGGAAGCUAUUUCACUCAAAGUAUCCAGCUGAAUACGCUGGUUUGGAAAGUAUGAAGUACUUCUUAAUUUUCAGAAAUAAUCUGUAAUUGUAAUCAGUAAUUUAAUGUAAUAGGUAUCUUCUUCGUAAACCUUUUAUAGGAAAUGGAAAUAAGGUGAAAUAAAUGUAUAUUCUAUUUCAGUUAUAAGAUGUUUCCCGAAUCUAAGCGUUAAAGAUCAAAUAAUGAUUCCUUUUUUAUCGUCCAGUAGAGCUGGUGCAUACUUUCAUGUAUGUCUAAUAAUUGCCUAUAGAGCAUUUUUGUGAUAUAGUGUGUCAUUGUAAUAAAAAAGUGAAAAUAACACAUUCAUACACACCGAUGUUUGAUGUUUUUCAUUUUUGUGUUGGUGGUGCAAGAUGAGUGUAGUACAAUAACAAAGGAUCUCUGAGAGACAGACAGCGGUGAUUAUGCUAUCCACUUGCAAAAUCAGUGUUAAAAAGCCUUGAGAAAACUACUAUUUGCAAAAGGUGUUUGGUUCAUGAUUCUAAGCAGCCAUAAAGGGUUCAUUUAUCCACACGUAAGAUUUCAUUAGAUUUGAGGACGAAAGUCAAUUGUAAUUUACAAAUAAUUUGUCAGUCAUGUGAUGACAGAGUGUAACAGCUAUUUUUACGGGAUCACAAUUCAGAAUUAUGU